UGGAGACAGCCUUUUUUUGUGUGGGUUUUGAUUCUUCCUGGCUAAUCGUGGCUGCCAGCUUCACUUGAGCGUGGCUGUACAGAGUAUUAAAAAUUAGAUAAACGAGUAUUUACGAGUUUCACAGAAAGCGAGAGAGGGAGUGAGAUUGAUUGAGGAAAAGAGGGUGGUUGAUUUGAGGCUCUCAAUCCUGUUCAGGGCAGAGGGAGGCGAGGUUCGGAAAAGGAUGGAUUGGAGAUGGAGGGAGCUCAUCUCUCUCAUCAUUCUUUGCGUUCUAGGGUGGAAGCCUAGCUGCAUUCAAGGAACCACAGAUCCAACAGAUGACAUGGGUGUUUGAUUACUUAUUGCAUUCCUUAUUCACACUGCACGGUUGUGGAUGAAUUCUCAUUCUGAAUGGCCUGUCUACUAUUGCCCAUUUUGAUCUACAGCCUCUGCUUUAAGGGUUUUGUACACCAGUUUAAACUCUCCAUCUCAGUUAACCCAGUGGAACGCAAAUGGUGAUGAUCCUUGUGGACAAUCAUGGAAGGGGAUUACUUGCUCCGGCUCACGGGUUACGGAAAUAAAUUUAUCUGGCCUUGGACUCAGUGGAUCGCUUGGAUACCAGCUUGGAAGUAUGACAUCGGUAACCAACCUGUAAGGGAUGUGAGUAAUAACAAUCUUGGAGGCGAGAUUGUCUACAACCUUCCACCUAACCUGAAAAGACUAAAUCUUGGACGAAACAACUUCAAUAAAGGCAUCCCUUAUUCCAUUUCCUUGAUGACUUCUCUUCAAUACUUAAAUAUCAGUCAUAAUCAGCUUCAGGAACCACUGAAUGAUGUGUAUGGGCAGCUAACUUCCCUAUCCACAUUGGAUUUGUCUUUCAAUGCUAUGCCAGGCAACCUGCCUCAGAGUUUUAGCUCUCUUUCUGGCAUCAGCUCUAUGUAUUUGCAAAACAAUCAGUUCACCGGCACAAUUGAUGUUCUUGCAACUCUUCCUCUUGAUAACCUGAAUGUUGAAAAUAACCGUUUCACUGGAUGGAUCCCUGAACCACUGAAGAACAUCAACCUGCAGAAAAAUGGCAACAACUGGAACUCCGGUCCUGCACCCCCUCCUCCACCUGGUACACCCCCAGCCACCAGAAGACCCCGCAAUCGCAACUCAGGUGGCAGUCCAUCAAAUGGUGGUUCUAGUGAAGAUCAGAAAUCAGGAAUUAGUGGUGGUGCCAUUGCAGGAAUUAUCAUUUCUGUGCUCGUUGUUGGAGCUGUAGUAGCAUUCUUCCUCGUCAGGAGGAGAUCCAAGAGAUCAUCCACAGAUAUUGAAAAGCUCGACAAUCAACCCCUGCAACCUCUGAAAAUGACUGCAGCACAAGAAACAAAGUCGGAAGAGACUUCCUCCACAUUUUAUCCAACAUCAUUUGACACUUCUGCUACAAUUAAUCUCAAACCCCCACCUAUUGAUCGUCAUAAAUCAUUUGAUGAAGACGACUUCUCAAAACGAGCCGCAGUCAAGAAGGCUAGUGCUGCAGCUCCCAUUAAUGUAAAGUCAUAUUCAAUAGCAGACCUUCAAAUGGCUACAGGCAGCUUCAAUGUUGAAAAUCUUCUUGGUGAGGGAUCGUUUGGACGUGUAUAUCGGGCCGAGUUUGAUGACGGGAAGGUUCUUGCAGUGAAAAAAAUAAAUUCAUCUGCACUACCGAGGGAAUUAUCUGAAGAUUUCACUGACAUUGUUUCUAAAGUCUCUCAGUUACACCAUCCCAAUAUAACUGAACUCGUGGGUUAUUGCUUAGAGCAUGGGCAAUAUUUGCUUGUGUAUGAGUUCCACAAAAAUGGCUCGCUUUAUGACUUCUUACAUCUAUCAGAUGAAUACAACAAACCUCUGAUAUGGAAUUCACGUGUUAAGAUUGCUUUGGGAACAGCACGUGCGUUAGAGUAUCUUCAUGAAGCGUGCUCCCCAUCAAUUGUUCAUAGAAACGUCAAGUCUGCUAACAUAUUGCUGGAUGCCGAACUCAGCCCCCACCUUUCUGAUUCUGGACUGGAAAGCUUUGUACCAAAUGCAGAUCAGGCAGUGGAUGGGAGUGCAAGUUCAGGAUAUGCUGCCCCGGAGGUUACCAUGUCCGGUCAAUAUACUGUGAAAAGCGACGUCUACAGUUUUGGAGUAGUCAUGUUGGAACUGCUAACUGGACGUAAACCAUUCGAUAGUUCAAGGCCGAGGUUGGAGCAAUCUUUGGUUCGAUGGGCAACACCUCAGCUUCAUGACAUUGAUGCUUUGACCAAGAUGGUUGAUCCCGAACUCAAAGGUCUUUAUCCCGUUAAAUCUCUCUCCCGAUUUGCAGAUGUGAUUGCACUUUGUGUACAGACGGAACCUGAGUUCAGACCUCCAAUGUCAGAGGUGGUGGAAGCGUUGGUCCGUUUGGUGCAACGAGCAAACAUGAGUAAGAGAACAUAUGGAAACGAUAAUGCAACAUCUCCGAGAGGUGAAAUGGGUGGGGAGGACACGCCAUAAACAACAGAGACACGUUUGUAAGGCCAAAAUCUUACCUUCUUCUUGGUAAUUCUUUCUUAAUAUAGAAAGAGGAGGCGGAAACCAGGAAUUGCUAUCUAAUGGCGAUAAUAAUGUUUGUCUGUUAAUAUUACACGUUUGAUGUUUAGGUCUUCAUAUUCCAUAGGUUUUUUUUUAGUAUUUUGAUAGAAAUCAGUAAAAUACUCCCUUCAUUUUCAACAUACAUUUAUUCUGAAGAAAUAAUUGGCGGUGAUUACUGUAUGAACAUCUGUUGUAUUCUACUUGCUGUUUUUGAUUAUUAAUUUAUUAUUUAUUGUUUGAAA